UCUAUUUUAUAUUCGAUUGUUUAGAAAUAAAAUCAAUCAAUAUAUCUUUUUAAUAAAAACGAGUUAAGAAAAAGGUUAGAAAGGAAAGGAGCACAGGAUUCAUCUUUUUCUUUUUCCUCCAGUUUGUCGAGAAAACGUUUUUCUUUUCUCACCAAACAGACGUAGUUUUCCUACUUGUUGGUCUCUAAACCUCCAAAUAUCCCACUAUACUAUACUCACUUCAACAAGCCGAAAAGCGAGAGGGAAAUGGAGGAAACACUGUACCAGCAUCUGCACAAGCUAUCAGGCACAAAAUCAGAGGAAGCCAUUGAAGAAAUCCUUGAAACCCUUUGGAAAACCAGGAAAACCGGACUCUCAACUCAACAAAAAUCUCACCUCCAGUCCCUUCUCAGUCUUCCAUCACUCCAACAAGUGGACCCAGUUUUGGCAUGCCUUCGCUCGCUUAUUCGAAAAAGUGUACACGAAAAUUUCAGUGGUGAUGAUAUUUUGAAGCUGUUUCCACCUGAUUUGUCACUUGAUCUACAAAGUCUUCUUAUAUUAUUGUUCCAGAAGUAUCAGAACCAGUGGAAGGAGGAUUUGUCCAGAGAAGAGUAUCCAUUGCCAGGGGCCCAUGUAUCCUAUCAGGUCAAAGCAAAUGUGCCACUGUCUUUCACACCUCUCCCACCCUCAGAGACUCCAGCAUCAUUGUGGCCUCGACAAGAUGAUUCUAUUGCUCAUUUCAAUAACAGUGAUCUUGUGUCUCCUACACCAAAUGUUGUUGAUAAUAAUGUUUCAUGCUUGGCUCCCAUUUCUUUGCAACGUGAUGUUGGUCCUCUCGAUAAUCUGGGAAUUCUACCCCGGCUCAAAUCAAUGACUUGGACCAUGGAGAAACGGAACUUGGCACCUGCUAAUAGAGUGGCCUUUGUCAGUCUUAAGCUACAAGAUUAUACCAAAUCUCCUUUAGGAGAAACUGAAGUGAAGUUUCAGCUUACUAGAGAUACACUUGAAGGAAUGUUGAGAUCAAUGACCUACAUCAGCGAGCAACUCUCAAACACUAAGAGGCCAAGAUUGAGCUUUGGAGCGGAUUCCAAGUGUGCUCCUGAAGAUGAAGGUGAGAAGUUAAAAGUGAAGGUACUAGUCAAGUGGUCCGAAAAGGAUUGGUUGGCUUGAGUUAGGUGGGAUCCUCUGCAGAGCCAUUGCAGAAGCGGCCGAGACAGUAGAGGCCAUUUCCAUUUCCAUUUCUGGGGGUUGUCUUGUUCAUAAUUCUCGAUCCAACUUUACAAAUGCAGCAAACUCUGCUUGCUCAGUCUGCAUUCAAUUUCCAGGUCUACAAGGAUGAUUCACAGGUUCGCCCCAACAUGUAUGUUGUUCAACAUUUUCUAGGUUAAUGAUCGAUUUCUCGGAUGAUUGCCUCUUAAGUUUGCUGCUGAUUGAUAGUUUUGAUUAGAAUUUAGAUCCCUAGCUGUAUAAACUCAUGCUGCUGCAACCAUGCUGGUAAGCUUGGUAGUUUGUUUGUUUGGCUACCGAGAAAUACAGGAAAAAUGAUGGAAGUUGAAAAUUUUGAAGUCUUAGGUUCUUCACAAUGUGAUGCAGAAUCUUGACAUUUUUUUGGCA